AUGCACCCGCACGACGGCUGCACGGCGAUCAUUGCGAUCGUUGGGUCCAACUCCAACUUCAAGCUGGACUUGGAACGCGCUCGCCGCCGAAACGCCCUUUCGUCGCCCUCUCUCUCGCCCCUCUCUUCUCGUCGCGCUCUCUCUAUCCGCGCUCUUCCCGUCGCCUCCCUUCCCAUCGCGCUCUCUCUCCACCCUCCCUUCCCAUCGCGCUCUCUCUCUCCGCUCCCUUCCCGUCGCCCUCUCUCCCGUCGCCCUCUCUCUCCCCCCUCCCCUCCCAUUGCGCUCUCUCUCUCCGCUCCCUUCCCGUCGCCCUCUCUCCCAUCGCCCUCUCUCCCAUCGCCCUCGCUCUCUCCUUCGCUCUGUCCCGUCGCCCUCUCUCCCGUUGCCCUCUCUCCCAUCGCCCUCGCUCUCUCUUUUGCUCUGUCCCGUCGCCCUCUCCCCCGUCGCCCUCUCUCCCGUCGCCCUCUAUCUCUCACGUCGCCCUCGCUCUGUCCCGUCGCCCACACUCUCUCCCGUCGCCCCCGCUCUCUCCCGUCGCCUCGCGAAAAUUUCUGCCGUCUCGUAGUUCCUCUCCACGCCUCUGCCACCAAGGUACGUGGAGGACCAUGCUCCGCCCUGGCCUUUGCUCUCCGUUCCCUCUCCGUGUGGCCUCCCUCCCACGCCCCUCCGCACACCGAGAGAAUUGCCAUCCCGCUCACGCUCUCCCUGCUUGCCCUCGAGUUCGAUGAGGACAUGGAGCUCACUGAUGAGAUGCUCGAAGCGAUGGAAAUGCCGGACGAACCCGCUGGAUCCAACUUCCCACGCACCCGGUCUCCCACCGACGCCCCCGCCCCCAAGAAGCCUUGCGUCGCCGCCGACUCCAGCAUCCCCCCCCCCCAUGAGACGACUGCCGCUACCUCUGAGGUCACAGAAGAACCCGCGGACACGCCCACGAUGCCCGCAGUGCAAACCGCCAGCACCACGGCCCCCUCCGCGACCGACUCUACCACGGCACCGAGCGAUGCUGUUCCCGUUCACCCCGCUCCGCCGGCCACCAGUCCCAGUUCCUCACCCCCGCCCGUUCCCUGUGCGACCGCCGAGACGACCGCUCCGAUGUCCCCGCAGAUGGAUCAGACUCCCGAGCCGGAGCUGCCCCAUUCCCACCACCAAGCUGCCCACCCCCCCCCCCCCUUGCUCUAA